UGAAUAGUGUCACUGUUACUACACACGCGCAUUCAGCACCAUGAUGUUCCUGGUACUGGCUGCUUGCUUUUUGCUCAAUCCUGUCCAAGGAGGAUUUUUUGAUGAUAUAUUACCUGAAAUCGAAAAAAGUAAAACCUUUCAAGGACUGGUGAGACUCGUUAAGGAUCUAUUAGCCGAUCCAAACCCAGUUAAAGAUGUGCGCUUGGUUAAUGGGACAGAAGAGGCCGGGCGACUUUUGAUUGAACAUAAAGGAACCUGGGGCACAGUGUGUGAAGAUGAGUUUGGAAGGGAAGAGGCUCUUGUGGCUUGCAAAAUGUUACAAAUUCACGAUGGUAAAGCAGUCUAUGCUAAGUCCAUCAUGUUCGGCGCUGGCAGCGAUGAGCAACAAAUUCUGCUGAGCGACCUCAAGUGUAACGGCACAGAGAAAACGCUGUGGGAUUGUAAACACAGUGGUUUGUACAACCACAGUUGUAGUCACAGCAAAGACAUCGGCAUCAUUUGCAAUUUCAAUGCCGACCAGCUUCGUCUGUCUGGUAAACGUCGAAUCAACCAAAACAUGGGUCGUGUGGAAAUCAAAGUCGGUGGUGUGUGGAGCGGUGUUUGUGGCAGCUUCAGCAGCAGUUCAGCCAAAUCCAUCUGUAGACAACUUGGUUAUCCAUCAACAAGCGCAAUGACUACGUCGGUUUCGUCGUUUGGUCCAGGGGAAUCAAGAGGCGUCUUAGAAGUUAAUCUGAACUGUACAGGAAACGAGAGCAGGAUUAAAAAUUGUCUUCUGGACCCUCUCUUUUACAGUGCCAAGUGCAAUAAAGAAGAACUUGGUGUUAUUUGCAGCAAUAGAACUACAUCUCUUUAUGUUGUUGUUGAAUCAUCUACUGAAUACCCAUUCAUGGAAGGACAACACGUAAGUCUGAAGUGUGAGAAAACACAGUCAAAAAAGCUUGUGGCUAACUACUCUUGGCCAGAAACUGCCGGUGGAAGUCCUUUUGGUCAGUUCCUGAUCUUUGACAAUGUUACGAGAGAGCACAAUGGAAUGCUAGUGGGAUGUGCAGGCAGCUAUGGAGAUAACAACGAACAACUCAUAUACAGUGACACUACAAUGUUACAAGUUUACUGUGCACCAAAGAGGAAAGCGUCUGACGGAAAACUAAAAUAUGUUGAUAUUCGGGAUAACAAACAGAAUUUCAGCGUUGAAAUAAUAGCAUAUCCAGCUCCACACCUAGCAAAUAUCACUUAUCAAGGAUCCACUAUAAAAGAGAGGAUAGAAAAACCUGUUGACAGUAAAGAAAUACAUGCGGCGUGUGUUGCAAACAGCUUUGAACCUGCCUUGGUUAUCUGUAAUAUCAGCAUCAUCCAUGCUGUUGAAGGGUUUUACCAGGCAGUCUUCAGCAACGACUUCGGGGACUUACCUGUUGACUUCGUGGUUGUAUCAAAUAGUAAGUGCAUUCUGAAUGUGAUGCAUCACUGUUAUACUAAACUGUCACGACCGGCAGUCGGACUUGCGCACUCUUUCAAAUAACGAAACAUGAGAUAACUUCAGGUUGGGACAUCCCGUUAGGUAUUAUACACAAAAACUCCAAAAAACAUAAAUUGCAAUACAAGACUUCCAAACAAAUCAGUUUAAAUCAUACAGCAACAAGUUAUCACUCUUAUCUAUUUAAAUCAUAAGGUAUACAUCAUAUAUUAUUAAACGUCAAAUUAUUAUUAGCUCAGGCUGGUCUACAGCAGUUUCCAAAACUGCAAACUUAAUUUCACAAAGACGACAUACACAUGUCAAAUUCAAUACAUUCAUAACGAUACCUCUCUCAGAGCACUUUUGUAGCCACCAGAAAACUUCACGUGCUCAUGAAUAUUCAUCACACACACACACACAAACAGUCCUUGUCAACCGUCUUACUCUCCCUCUAUCGUUGACGGUGGAAGGUAACAAUGGGGGUACGAAACCUUCUCCCCUCUCUCUCUACGGGUAAAACUCAAAAAACAAAAGUCUGUCUUUGCGUUGUCGGCACCAGCCGUCAGUGUCCUCGACACUUCACGGACAUGUCUUUCAUCUCCUCGCUGCAAGGGUUUAACGACGACAGCGACGGCCCUCAAUGAGGUCGGUGUGUUGUCGUUGCUGACGUACGAGGGUGAAGCCCACCUGCUCAACACUCUCCGAGGCUUUGAUGGGAUGCUUUCCACCUUAUCGCCGGCUCUAGUUGUUCUUUCCAUAGGAACCUCUCGUCCGCUCGCGCCGCUGGAUCGAUAGCCCCUCGAUUGCUCGAUAGAUCGAUCGAUCGAUCGAACGAUGCUCACUGCAGCUACGGUCGGGCUUAAAUACCCAACCCAGUCACACUAGACCAGGUGCGAGCACUUCCCGAGCCGCACGUGAGGUCCGAAACUCACGUGGUGCCCAAAAUACAAGUGGCUCACGAUUUCUACAUACAACAGGACAAUCACGCGUGUCAACCUUCCAUUCAUCCUCUGUUACGCACUUGACCGUUACAUGGCAGAGGGGCAACACACAGGGCUGGCUGGGCCCACUCCUCCUCCACCCCCUACUACCAAACUCAGGUGAAAAAACCACAGGAGGCACGAACUUGUCCGUGACAUAAACUUACAAAAUUAUUUAAACUUACAAAGAAAUCGCAUCAUGGAAAGUCCAGAGAGUUGAUAAAUAACAUUUAAAUGAACUCAGAUUUUUAGCGGCGUCCGAAUCUCUGUUCGCGACCAAAACCGUGACCGGACCGUGACCGUGAUAAUAAAUUUUUAAAACAAAGAGAAUUUUCGUUCGGUUUUUCUGAAGAACGGACGUCACGUCAGCCUAUCGUAGGUAAGUUUCAGUAGGUGGGAGAGUCCUGUAUAAAAUAUUUUUAAAACAAUGAUUAUGGUUAAUUUAGGUCUUUAGUUAACUGUAAAGGUAAUCACUGUAUUUUGUUCUCUAGUGAAAAUAAUGCUGCAAUAUGUUUGAGUGUAAUAGCACAAAUUAACCGUUAAGAUAAAACUUAAUAAUUGUGUAUUGCAAACAAGUACAGACCUUGUUGUUCAUGAAGAUAACAUUUGAGUGCUUUACUUAGAAGAAAUAGUCAAAUGAAAGCCCGGCAUCCCUACGUUCUAUGUGACUACCAUUUGUGGGAAAGAGGGGGGAAGUACAGCACUUUUGAUUAGAAAAUGUAC